AUGCCGCGGUCAGAGGAAGAGCAACAGGCCUGGCUCUGCAGACUGCCCAAGUGGCUCUGGACUGCCUGGGCUGACAUUGCCGACGACGACGAGAUCGAGAUUGGCAAGGUCCGUGUAUACCACCAGCCAAAUCCCGACGGCAGCCAGAAGAUUCAGAUGAAGUUGCACGACCUGCCCAAGCACCAGAAUGUCCCCAAACUCUACGAUCUGAGCAGCUCGCGAGGCCAGUACAACAACACCGUCGUCUUCUCCGAGCGCGAUCAGCCUGGCUUCAAAGCUUGGAAUCCGAACCGUGUCAGGAAAGAUACCAGAGGAAUCAACUACAAAGUCAACAAGAACAAGCCCUACACUUCAUCCAUUCCCAAACAAACCGCCCUCGCAGGCUUCGUCAAGGCCGAAAUGGCCGUCACCGCCGUCGAGAACGACGAAUACCGCCGUCUGACCGAUCGCCGCUUCAUGGAAAUGUUCCAGCCCAAACGCACCACUCGCUUCGAAUCUGGCGCCGACGCAACCGUCCACUCCAACACCCAGGCCAACCAAGCCUUCAGCAGUUUCAUCAAGGCCACCCAAGCAAAGAAGCCUGUCAAGAAGCAACAAGAGAAGGCUGUCCGUGUCAGCCAGGAAGAGCUGUUCGAUCUCCUUACAGACUGCUUCAAGCAGUACCGCUACUGGUCUCUCAAAGCUCUCAAACAGCGCUUGCAUCAGCCCGAGGCUUUCAUCAAACAGAAUGUCGAAAAGAUUGCUACUCUUAUGCGCAGUGGUAAGUUUGCCAUGAACUACAAACUUAACCCUGAGUACGAGAGGACUGUCAACAUCGACCCAACAAACGUCAAGGAAGAAGUCGCAGACGAGGUCGAGGACGAUGACGAAGACGACGACGAUGAAGAUGACGAAGACGGUUACGAGGAUGUCAAGAUGGAGGACUCUUGA